CAGCGAUUCAUUUAUGCAUAUACAUAUAUAUGAUAUAUAUGUAAUCAUCAUAAAAGAUUGGAGAAUGUUAAGAUUUACAUGUUUGUGUCCAGAAUAUUAAUUUAUAACAUUAAAUUCAAUUAUUAUUCGGUCUUUUUUUCAACGACGUAUGUGAUAUGCGAUUAUCAAGCUGUAUAUUAACCCGUAAACAAUUUUUACUUAUUAAACACAGUACAUUUUUGUUACGUGUAAGUAUUACAUCUAUUUGUUACGUGUAAGUAUGAAACAAAUCUUUUCGAAAUUAUGAGAAACAUUUUCACAUCUCUGCAUGAUAGUUUCUGUACUUUUCAGACCACCACAUGUAAAAAUCUGUACUUUUCAGCUCACAAGAUACUAGAGUCUGUAGUUUUCAGCCCACCACAUGUAAGAUUGUGUACUUUUAAGCCUACCACAUGCAAGACUCAGUAUUUUUCAGACCACCACAUGCAAGACUGUAUUUUUCAGGCUAUCACAUGCAAGACUGUAUUUUUCAGGCUAUCACAUGCAAGACUGUAUUUUUCAGGCUAUCACAUGCAAGACUGUAUUUUUCAGACCUUCUAUAGAGGUAUACUUCAUACGAUUGGAUUAGAUUGGAAAAAUAUCAAAUUGCCAUCAUGUCUGAUGGUUCUUUCAAAAGUUUCCUAACACUAGGAGGAUAAUCAUAAGACGUCCAAUGGAUUUUCAACACCGAACAGUGAUUUGAAGAAAACAACGUGUACUACGUUUUAUAGUUUAAUUGUUAUACAUUAAGUAUAUAUUAUCUAUCUUUAAAAAUCAGAACUACAUUAAAGAAAUGUAAA